UUGUGUGUGAGUGGAGGAUCGUGUCAUAGCUUGAGUUGAGUCUAUAAAAACCGUUAACGAAAAGCAGAAGAAUCGUUGGAAUCACUGAACUGAAGAGGACGGUGCUGAGAGAGCGAGUUGAGAAGAAUGGUGAAGAGAGAGGAGUUCCUCAGAGAGAAUGACCACAACGAAGACGCUUCUGUCUCGCGCAACGACUUCCCUCCCAACUUCGUCUUCGGAGUUGCCACUUCUGCAUACCAGAUAGAAGGUGGUUGCAAGGAGGGUGGUAGAGGUCCUAGCAUAUGGGAUGCAUUCUCACACAUUGAUGGAAAUAUUAUUGACAAAAGCAAUGGCGAUGUUGCAGUUGAUCAUUAUCAUCGGUACAUGGAAGAUAUUGAUCUAAUAGCCAAGUUGGGAUUUGAUGCUUACAGAUUUUCAAUUUCGUGGUCUCGUAUUUUUCCUGAUGGCUUAGGAACCAAAAUCAAUGACGAAGGGAUAACUUUUUAUAACAACAUUAUAAAUGCUCUUCUUGAAAGAGGCAUACAACCUUAUGUAACUUUGUAUCAUUGGGAUCUUCCUCUGCAUCUUCAUGAAACAAUGGGAGGAUGGUUAAAUAAACAAAUCAUAGAGUAUUUUGCUGUUUAUGCAGACACUUGCUUUGCAAGUUUUGGUGAUAGAGUGAAGAACUGGAUGACUAUUAAUGAGCCACUUCAAACUGCGGUCAAUGGAUAUGAUACUGCAAUUUUUGCUCCAGGAAGAUGUCAGAAUACUCGUAUAGAGCCCUAUUUGGCAGCACAUCAUCAGAUUUUAGCUCAUGCAGCAGCUGUUUCCAUAUACCGAAACAAGUACAAGGAAAAACAAGGGGGACAAGUGGGCAUCGUGGUAGAUUGUGAAUGGGCAGAGGCUAACUCUGAUAAGAUUGAAGAUAAAUCUGCUGCUGCAAGGCGCCUGGAUUUUCAGAUUGGAUGGUACUUGCAUCCACUAUAUUUCGGAGACUAUCCUGAGUCUAUGCGUGAACGACUUGGAGACCAGCUUCCCAAGUUCUCUGACGAGGAUAAGAAACUUCUCUUGAAUAAACUGGACUUUAUUGGUCUAAAUCACUAUACAUCAAGGUUUAUUUCUCACGUGACAGAAAACGCUGGAGGAAACUACUACUACAAGGUGCAGGAAGCAAAAAGGACUGUGGAAUGGGAAGGUGGCGAGACCAUAGGUGAGAAGGCAGCAUCAGAGUGGCUUUAUGUUGUUCCCUGGGGUAUACGGAAGGUUCUCAAUUACGUAUCACAAAAUUAUGCUACUCCCAUAUUUGUCACAGAGAACGGUAUGGAUGACGAAGAUAGUGAUACCUUGCCGCUACAUGAGAUGCUAGAUGACAAACUUAGAGUUCGCUAUUUCAAGGGAUAUCUUGCAUCAGUUGCUCGGGCUAUAAAGGAUGGAGUAGAUGUGAGAGGCUACUUUGCGUGGUCUUUACUGGACAACUUUGAAUGGGCUCAAGGUUAUACCAAACGCUUUGGAUUGGUGUAUGUAGACUAUCAAAAUGGACUCAGCAGACACCCCAAGUCAUCUGCGUAUUGGUUUUCACGGUUUCUGAAAGCUGGUGAAAACAAGAAUGGUAAAGAACAGUAAUUGACUUUCUUCACUGCCUCUUGCUACCUACAAGGAAUUCAAUAAAAUAUGAACAAAUUCCACCCAUAUCACUAGUUGGAAGCUUUGUGUGUUAUGUAAUGUCAUUUCUCUACAUUUUCAUUUUUUCUGACUAUCCAACUUCAUUACCAAGUUUGUGAAAACCCUCUUAUUUUUAUAUUUAUUUGUCUUGCUUUUUA